AUGGCGGUGAAUAUGUUUCACUCGAAGAGAGUGUACAAUUGGUACAUCUCAAUAGUCGCCGCGGCGUGUAUGGUGUUAUACGGCUACGAUGCCUCUGUUUUCAACUCGGUCCAAGGCUCUGCAAACUGGAAAGCAUGGUUUGAUCAUCCUAGCACCAACCUUGUCGGCACAAUCACCACCGUCUACUCCGUCGGAGCCAUCGUCGGUGGUUUCUUCUUCGGAGGACCCAUUGCCGAUUAUUUUGGCCGUAAAGUCGGCAUGGGUAUUGGUUGCGUGUUUGUUAUCGUCGCCACUUUCUUGCAAUGCUUUGCUCCGUAUCACAAUAUUGGAUGUUUCUUGGCUGGAAGAUGUCUUAUCGGUAUUGGGCAGGGUAUUGCAUUGACUUCCGGUCCAAUUUACAUUGGAGAACUCGCUCCUCCGCAUAUCCGUGGCAAAAUUAUGACCCUAUGGCAGACGUUCUAUUCUGUCGGAUCAUUCAUUUGCUUCUGGGUCAAUUAUGGCUGCACAAGGCAUGUUGCGAGCCUCGGUGAAUGGGACUGGAAGAUGGUUGUCAUUUUCCAGCUCAUGGUCCCCAUCAUCAUUCUCGUUUUGUUGCCAACGAUUCCUGGCACACCACGAUGGUACAUCCAGAGACACAAUGAUAUCGACAAGGCCCGAAACGCCUUGCGUAGCGUCCGCGAGACGGAGGAGGAGGUCGAGGAAGAACUUACCCACAUUCGCGGAGCCUUGGAAUACGAAAAGGAGGCCAUUUCCAGCACAUACAGUGCCCUCUGGAAGGACAAGUCUAUUCGCAAACGUCUGCUUUUGGCAUUGGUGAUCAACGCCGGACAGCAAUUGACUGGACAAGGAUCUUUGAACUCCUACUCUACCAUCAUCUACCAGAAGGUCUUCAAUUCUGCCAGUCAAAUUGCGCUGAUUAAUGCUUUGAACGCCACAUUCGGUAUCUUGUUCACACUCAAUGCUAUCUGGAUGGUUGAUCGAUUUGGUCGCAAAUUCCUUCUGAUCGUUGGUGGUAUUGGCAUGGGUCUGAUCAUGAUCAUUGUGGCAUCAGUCGAAACUCAAACUCCAAACACACCUAGUGGAGCUAAAACGGAAUCCGUUGGUAUCGCGCUGGUAUUCUUACUGUUCUUUUUCAUCUUCUUCUACAAACCUUCCUGGGGAGCCACAGUCUGGAUCUGGACAUCAGAGAUCUUCUCCAUGAAUGUUCGCGCUCAGGCAGUUGGAAUGGCCUCGCAGACCCAAAACGUCGCCAAUACCAUCUUCCAACAAUUCUUCCCAACCUUCCUCAGCCACGAUGGAUUCUACGCAUUCUACUUCUUCGCUGGAAUCAAUAUCCUUCUUGCCAUCUUCGUGUUCUUCUUCAUCCCAGAGACCAAGAAUGUUCCCUUGGAAGAGAUUGAUGUUUUGUUCGGUGGGGCAAACCAUUCUUCCCAGGGAGAGAACAUGUUAGCGGAGAGCAAGUUGCAGGGAGCGACUCAUGUUGAGCAUUUGCCUGCAAGCAAGGGAUCUCAUGUUGAGAAUUCAGCGGUUUAA